AUGUCAUCACUUCCGCAAACGACAAAGAUUGUCACCUCCCUGUCACAGAACUGUGCGAAUAUAGUCACUUUACUAUUCUCACUAGGUGGUAACUGGGAGCAGUAUCUGUUUCCUGAGGGGGAACUCAUCUCCAAAACACCAAAUCCAACACCAAUCGACCCAAUUUCAACACUUUUCGACAGCCUACGACUAGGUGCCCCCUUAUGUGAAUUGUACAACAGAUUGGGACUAUCUGAACUAGAAGUCGUUGAUGUGGCCGAUAUCCCGAAAGGAGCUGCGAAUCAGCAUCGGUGUAAGCAAGCUACUUUCAAAUUUUUGGUUGCACUCAAAGACGAGUUGGGCCUACCAGACGAGCAGCGGUUUGAAAUCAGAGAUUUAUAUAAUGACGAUACGAAUGGACAUGUAAAGGUCUUGAAAACAAUCAACAUCAUACUCGACCAACUCUCAAGCAUGGGCCUGAUGCCCAUCCGAAAAUCUCUCCCCAUACCAUUCGCUGUGCCAUCAGAUCAACCGCCUCGUGACAAAGUCUCUAAUAGAGACAUGACCAUCGCUGAGCUCCUAAGCACAGAAAGAUCCUAUGUAGCCUCUCUGGAAGAGUUACAGGCCUAUCAAAACACUGUAUAUCAACGAAAACUCGUGUCUACGGAAGUGGGCCGAUCCAUAUUCGCCAACCUCAACGAGUUGAUUGACUUCCAAAGACGAUUCCUAUCUGCUUUGGAAUCUGCGCUAGCUAGAUCCAACAAUGAACAACGGAUUGGAGCUGUGUUUAUCGAUCAUGAAGAUGGGUUUAAGGUUUACGGACCAUAUUGUGUCAACUAUAUAGAUGUAAACCUGAUUCUGCCUUCGCAUUUUGGAAGCUUGCAGCCACUCGCAAGUGUCAUUGAACCAACACGUGGGCUGCCUUCGUAUCUCAUCAGGCCUGUACAGCGACUGGCCAAGUAUCCUCUUCUCCUCAGACAACUCAUCCUGCUCAGUCAAGACACCAACUACCCAUACACUGAUGAACUCAAGAAGGCUGAAGAAUGUACUUUACGCAUUGCAGAUAUGAUCAACGAAGCAAAAAGGAGGGAAGAGAAUAGGAGAUUGAAGAUUAGAUUGGCUACGGCUGUUGAAGACUGGAAGGGUCUUGAAAUCAUGGAGAUGGGUGAUUUGCAAUUGGCAGACCGAUUCCUCAUGGAAGCUCACGACAUUGAAAGAGAGUACCAUCUCUUUUUGUUUGACAAGAUACUCUUGUGCUGUAAAGAAGUGCCAAAUAACAAGAAGAAGGUGCCAGCAAAGAAGCAACGUGCCAGUCAAACGGAUGCCGUGGAACGUUUCACACUCAAGGGCAACAUAUACAUUCACUCCAUUGCCGAGGUGCAAGACACCUCCAAAAAGCCAAGCUAUUUUGGUCUCAAAAUAUACUGGAGAGAUGGACCAGACUUGGAAUCCUUCUCCAUAAAAUGUCUCAACGUUGAGCAAUGCAAAAUGUGGAAGGCUAAAGCCGAUGCACUUGUCGACGAAGCCAAAGUUCGUCGCAAGUCAUUAGCUGAACGGAAUGCAUAUGCUAGUGGUACUCAACUAAACCACAACAUUAUAAAGUUACCGAAUGGAUCGUCACCUGCUGGUAGACGUCCAGCUCUCCUUGUAGAACCUGACGAUGACGAUGUAAAUAGUGAUGUAGGAUCACAAGUUUCAUCUCAAGGAUCUUUGAUGUUACCACAAGGUGCAUACUCUAGCCCGGAUCGUCCACCGACUCGGAGUAUGUCAUCACCUGCUCCAGCGAGAAACUCUGGAGGUGUACCAACAUCACCAGGGCCACCACAUUUGCAACGUAAAUUCUCGAAUGUAGAUGGUCGUAUAACUCUUCCACCGCCACCACCAUCAGCUCCACCACCAAUGCCAUCUAGUCCUGCUCGCCCCAGAGCUGCUACUACUGGAACAGGCUAUGCGCCAUCAAACUUUAGCUUGACUGGUAAUGGACCACCGUCGCCCACUAGAUAUACUCAACAACAACCAGUAGCUGUAUCAGGCCAAUACUCUCCAACUCGAUCAUCAUUAUCAUCUUCCGCAUCCAACUCUAACGAAGAUCUAGGAGCACGAUACUCUCAAUUGUCGAAUGGAUCAAGCAAUCCACCACAACUUGUGAGAAGGAAUACCGGGCCAUUGCUUGAUGUAGAUUCGGGAUAUGCCGAUGAUAGUGAUGGCAGUGUGGGUAUGGGUAGAUUAAGAAAGCAAAGCGGUAGUGAUGAAAGUCUACGAGGGCAUUUACGAGGCUUGUCUGGUGAUGCCUCGGCAUACUAUAAUCAACCACCAAUACAACAGCAGAUGCAACAAAUGAUGCCACAACAAGGGCAAUACUAUCCUCCAGCUUCAGGACCAGGAAUGUAUGGAUAUAGGCCUACCAGCAAUGGAUAUAAUGAAAGUCAAGGUGAUGAUUCAGGAUAUUCGUCACGAUCAUCGUCAUCGUCUUCAUUUGCAUCAGUAAGAGCAAGAACAGCUAGUGGUAACGCUAUAUUAAUGUCUGCUCCCAAUAAUAAUGGUGCUCCUCCAUUACCAGUCCCAGCAUUCCCAUACUUGCCAUCACCACCAACGACACCAUCAGCACAUCGUUACCCACCAGCAUCCAAAUCAUCGGAGGAGUUGAGAAGGGAUCGAGAACAGCCGCAACGACGGGAACUUGGAAACACUCAAUUACCACCACUACCACCAAUUCCAGCUCUUGGUACCGCUAGUAUUGAUGGAUACUUUGGAUCUCACGAUGGGCUGAUUACGGGCAGUAAUAGUAAAGGUCCAACUAUAAUAUCACCGCCUGCUAGAAGCGCAUCUGCAGUUGCUUCAUCGCUACGACAAUCCCAACCACCACCAGCACGAAAAAGCUCGAACGAUUAUAGCAAUGAGGUUGUGCCACCGCUAGUAUCAGCAGCGCCUGUAACCCGAACAUCAACAUCACCACUCCCACCAGGCGGUGUCAGAGUCCGUUUCCAUCUAGGCCCUGACUCUUUCCUAAUCGGUAUAUCAGGUCCAGACUUUGCACUCACCGACCUGAUUGCCAAGAUUGAUAAAAAGCUACGUGCUGUUGGUCGAGGUGGAUUAUACGAUGGUGCGAGAUUACGCUACAAGGACGAAGAUGGUGAUUAUAUAACGAUGAGAUCUGAUGAAGAUUUUGGGAUGGCUGUUGAAGUUGCACGGUUGAUUCAAAUCAUGCAUGGAGCUUCUAGUCGGGCUGUUGAGCAGGCCGUUGUUGAUGUUUAUGUUCAGUAG